CGCGCCCGGAGCUCGCGCCUGCGCCUCGUCGCCAUUCGGGAGGCCGCUGCGCCGCAGGGCCUCGCGGAGCCGCCUCGGACCGCGAGCCCGGCCUCCCGCAGUCCUUCCCCGCCUGGACGCCGCCCGCGGCCCACCGGUUCAGCUGCUCAUCUUUGUCCUUCACGUACUACACGCUGUCUUCUGUGGUUUAGUCGAAAAGCCAUGUAGACUUGCUUGCCCUUUGAAGACCACUUUUAAGACUUCUAGUAAGACAGCUGCACUGUUUUUAAAGAAUAUAAUCGUGUAUGUUAGAAAAAUGGAAGUAUUCCAGGAACUUCGUAAGCCAUCGGCACGUUUGGAGUGUGAUCACUGCAAUUUCAGAGGCACGGAUUAUGAAAAUGUACAAAUCCACAUGGGUACCAUCCAUCCAGAAUUUUGUGAUGAAAUGGAUGCCGGUGGGUUAGGUAAAAUGAUAUUUUACCAGAAAAGUGCAAAGCUAUUUCACUGCCAUAAAUGCUUUUUCACCAGCAAGAUGUACUCUAAUGUAUACUAUCACAUCACAUCCAAACAUUCAGCCCCAGAGAAAUGGAAUGAGAAACCAAAAAAUCAGUUAAACAAAGAAGCAGAUCCUGUGAAAAGCCCUUCUGUUCCUGAACACCAGAAAAUGGCCUCUAAUUCAGCAGAACUCCUGAAACCUAUACCUGUCCUUUCCAUAGAAACACAGAAAUUUGGCCCAGUUAUGUCUCCAGAAUCACCAAAACCUACUCCUCUUACUUCCCUGGACUCUCAGAAACCUGGCCCUGUUGUUUCUCCUGAGCCACAGACACCUUCUCUUCCUUCUCCCGAGCCUCCAAAACCUGCCCCCGUUUCUUCUCCUGAACUUCCAAAACCAGUCCCUCUUGUUUCUGAAUCUCAGAAACCAGUCCCUGUUCCUUCUCCAGAACCACAGAAACUUGCUCCUGUAUCUCCUGAGCCAGUAAAGGCAACUCUUACUAAUCCCAAACCCCAGAAACACUCCCAUUUCCCAGAAACAUUGGGGCCACCUUCAGCCUCAUCUCCAGAGUCACCAGUUCUAGGUGCCUCCCCUGAACCUUGGGGACCAUCCCCGACUGCGUCUCCAGAGUCUCGGAAGCCAGUCCGGACUGUCUCCCCUGAGCCAAGGAAGCUGUCCCCAUCGGAGUCUCCUGAACCUUGGAAGCCAUUCCCUGCUGUGUCCCCAGAGCCUCGGAGACCAGCCCCAGCUGUGUCACCAGGUUCUUGGAAGCCAGGGCCACCUGGGUCCCCCAGGUCUUGGAAAUCCAGUCCGUCAGCAUCAUCAGGACCUUGGAAGCCAGCUAAACCUGCUCCAUCUGUGUCUCCUGGACCUUGGAAACCAAUUCCUUCUAUAUCACCUGGACCUUGGAAACCAACUCCAUCCCUGUCACCUGCAUCCUGGAAGUCUUCAUCAGUCUCACCUGGUUCCUGGAAAUCUCCCCCCGCAUCUCCUGAGUCGUGGAAGUCUGGCCCACCAGAACUCCGAAAGACAGCUCCCACCUUGUCACCUGAACAUUGGAAGACAGUUCCUCCAGUGUCUCCUGAGCUUCGUAAAGCAGGACCUCCCUUGUCUCCUGAGCUUCGCAAACCAGGCCCACCACUGUCCCCAGAGAUCCGUAGUCCAGCGGGAUCUCCAGAGCUCAGAAAACCCUCAGGGUCUCCAGAGCUUUGGAAGCUUUCCCCUGAUCAGCGGAAAACUUCUCCUGCUUCACUUGAUUUUUCUGAGUCCCAGAAAAGUUCCCGUGGUGGUUCCCCUGAUCUCUGGAAGUCUUCCUUUUUUAUUGAACCUCAGAAACCUGUCUUCCCUGAGACCCGGAAACCAGGUCCUUCUGGGCCAUCUGAGUCCCCUAAAGCUUCCUCUGAUAUCUGGAAGCCUGUUCUCUCUAUUGAUACUGAGCCUAGAAAACCCCUGUUUUCUGAGCCUACCAAAACAGCCCCUCCUGCUUCUCCUGAACCACGAAAACGUGCUCUUUUUCCAGAGCCCCGGAAACAUGCCCUUUUCCCCGAACUUCCCAAAGCUGCUGUCUUCUCAGAAUCUCAGAAGGCAGUUGAGCUUGGUGAUGAACUACAGGCAGAUGCCAUAGAUGAUCAAAAGUGUGAUGUUUUGGUUCAGGAAGAACUACUAGCUACACCUAAGAAACUCUUAGAAGACACUUUAUUUCCUUCCUCAAAGAAGCUCAAGAAAGACAACCAAGAGAACUCGGAUGCUGAGCUUAGUAGCAGUGAGUAUAUAAAAACAGAUUUGGAUGCGAUAGAUAGUAAGGGCCAAGAAUCGAGCAGUGAUCAAGAGCAGGUUGAUGUGGAAUCUAUUGAUUUUAGUAAAGAGAACAAAAUAGACAUGACUAGUCCAGAGCAGUCCAAAAAUGUGCUGCAGUUUACUGAAGAAAAAGAGGCUUUUAUCUCUGAAGAAGAGAUUGCAAAAUACAUGAAGCGUGGAAAAGGAAAGUAUUAUUGCAAAAUUUGUUGCUGUCGUGCUAUGAAAAAAGGUGCUGUUUUGCAUCAUUUGGUUAACAAGCAUAAUGUCCACAGUCCUUACAAGUGUACAAUUUGUGGAAAGGCUUUUCUUUUGGAAUCUCUCCUUAAAAAUCAUGUAGCAGCUCAUGGGCAAAGUUUACUUAAAUGUCCACGUUGUAAUUUUGAGUCAAAUUUUCCAAGAGGCUUUAAGAAACAUUUAACUCAUUGUCAAAGCCGGCAUAAUGAAGAGGCAAAUAAAAAGCUAAUGGAAGCUCUGGAACCUCCACUGGAGGAGCAGCAAAUUUGAUUUUUAAAUACAGUGUGCUUAUAUGCUCUACAGAGUUGUUUAUUGAACCCAUUUGUUGAAAGUAUAGUUAAAUAGCCUAGUUGGAUCAGUAGAUGUUGACAGGUAUGGUGUACCGUGUCUCAGUAGUGUUACAAAGCAUAAGCGUUUGGUUAUUUUUUUCUUGAUCUCUGUUUAUGUGGUUGUCGUGUAAGUCAAUAAAUUCAUAUUGUAUAUUCCAGAUGGGUAAAAUUAAUUUCAAUAUAUUUGAACAAUAUGAAGAGGUAGGCAUUCCAUUUAACAAGAGCAAGUUGUACUCAAUUUAAAACAUCUAGUUAAAGUGUAUCUUUUUUUGUGCAACUAAUUUCAGACAUUGGAAAUUAUUCGUUAGAAUGUUUAAGAAUUAGGCAUGAAAUUUUUGAGAAAUUUUGUUCUCAAGUAUUU